AUGUCUGUUCAGCUCCUCGACUUCAUCCUUUCUUCCAUCUGUGAUGAAGAGCGCGUGUCGGAGUAUCUUGUCACAUCCGCACUAAUCGUGUCGUGUCUGGCCGUCCUCUUGCGGACCCCUGGGCAGCCAUUUCCUGCUGAGGUCUGUGCGUCCCAAGGGGCUGUCAUGGCGCCAGAGGCGGCGCAGCGCAGCCGCCUGGAGGAGAAGUUCUUGGAGGAGAACAUUUUGCUGCUGCGGAAACAGUUGAAUUGUUUGAGGAGAAGAGAUGCUGGUUUGCUGAACCAGUUGCAAGAACUCGACAGGCAGAUAAGCGACCUGAGAUUGGAUGUGGAGAAGACAUCUGAAGAGCACCUGGAGACGGACAGCAGGCCUAGCUCAGGUUUUUAUGAGCUGAGUGAUGGGGCUUCAGGGUCCCUUUCCAAUUCCUCUAACUCCGUCUUCAGUGAGUGUUUAUCCAGUUGUCAUUCCAGUACCUGUUUUUGCAGCCCCUUGGAAGCAACCUUGCCAAUCUCAGAUGGUUGCCCUAAAUCUGCAGAUGUGAAUCCUAAGUACCAGUGUGAUCUGGUGUCUAAAAAUGGCAACGACGUCUAUCGCUACCCCAGCCCACUUCACGCCGUGGCCGUGCAGAGCCCGAUGUUCCUUCUCUGCCUCACGGGCGGCCCUCUGCGGGAAGAAGAGAGCCUGGGCCACCAUGCCAGUGACGUGUGCGUCGGCCCUGAGCUGGACUCCAUCAAAGCAGAUGGCUCCUCACCGCCUCCAAGCAGCUUGUGGUCGGCUGCCCAGCCGGCGUCCAGCAAGAAGAUGGACGGCUACAUCCUGAGCCUGGUCCAGAAGAAAACACACCCUGUAAGGACCAACCAGCCACGAACCAGUGUGAGUGCUGACCCCACGAAAGGGCUCCUGAGGAACGGGAGCAUCUGUGUCCGAGUGACUGCAGUGGCUGGUGGCGUGGCCCAGGGCAGCAGCGCCAACCUGAAGACUUCUAAGCAGGCGUGCUUGCCGCCGGGUGGGAUGCCCUCCUUCGACAGCGGGCUCUUCUCCCCACUGAAGCAGUGGUCCAAAGACUCGAAAGUGGACCAGCCGGACAGUAAGCGGUUGCCCCCGCCACCGGAGGGCUGCGCGCCAGGGGCUGCCCCUGACUUUCCCAGCAAGCAGCCGCCCAAACCCAUCAGAGCAGCCCUGCCAGAGAACGCCGAGGAGUCCCCGAAAGACAGCGGUCCGGUGUCACCGGCCUCUCCCAAGGAGAGCCCGAGGAGAGUCCCCGCGCCACAGCCGCCCGACAGCAAAGCGGCCCCGACGCUGCGGAAGGCGCCGCCGAAGAGCGGCCUGCCGGCGGUCACGGAAGAGAGGCCCGCCCUGGACUUCAAAAGCGAGGGCUCUUCUUCCCAGAGCCUGGAGGAAGGACCCCUGGUCAGCGCCCACCCCUACGCCUGCGCGGCCAGCGACUCGGAGUACUCGGCCGAGUGCGAGUCGCUCUUCCACUCGACCGUGGUGGACACCAGCGAGGACGAGCGCAGCAACUACACCACCAACUGCUUCGGGGACAGCGAGUCGAGCGUGAGCGAGGGCGAGUUCGCGGGCGAGAGCACCACCACCAGCGACUCCGAGGAAAGCGGGGGCCUCCUCUGGUCCCCGUUCGUCCAGACGCUCCCCAUCCAAGCGGUCACGGGCGCGGGCCUGCACGGCCACGCCCAGACCUUCGUCAAGAUCAAGGCCUCGCACAACCUCAAGAAGAAGAUCCUCCGCUUCCGGUCGGGCUCGCUGAAACUGAUGACCACGGUUUGAGGGGCGCGCGGGUGGGACGCGGGGGUCCCAGAAAGAAAGGAGACGCGGUGUUGGUGUGGAGAACGUUCCUGGGACGCUUUUUAAUGUUAAAGACGUUCUUAAGAAAAAGUUUUAAAGUUGUUUUUUUUUUUAACUAAGACAAAACCGAGGUAAAUUGUGGCCCGUCUUCAUGAGCCGUGAGCUCGCGGGCCUGUCACGGAAGGUACGUGAACCGUGGGCGCCGAGGUGGUGGUGGAGUUUGGGGGGUCAUCCGCUGACGUCUCUCUCGCGUUUCGGGCGCGUCCCUCGAGGUCCAGGGGUUGCGGUUUACUUCGGGUUGUGUUGGGAUGGGACCUUUGGAUCUCGUGGUCAGUUGGAUGGGAUUUCAGGACUUCACCUUGGUUCCUUGAUUCCUUAGAGCAGUGUUUUCCUGUUGGAGGGCGUGGCAUAGGAUUGUGUGACAUACGUACGAGUGGUGGACGUCGUUUUUUAUAAUGUUUUUUAUAAUUACAUACCCCCCUCCCCCAUGUUUCCCUAUUCUGUACCUUUCUCGGAACUCUUCUGUGUACCAGACCCUAAUCCAGUGACCUGGGUCGCGAAGCUGGUAAGGCUUUAAAAAGAUUCACUAAAACUUUUGCCGCACCUGGUGCCUAGGCCCUGGGAUCCUCCCAUUCUAGGGCCAUUUACCUACACUUGGGAAGCCUUCUCCCCUUUGCCUAAUUUGUAGCAGAUCCAACCAUUCUCCUCUGGAGGACUGCCUUUGAGACAAAAUUCUGGCCCUUGGCUACAGAGAAAUUCACUCCAAUUGUAGUAACCCUUGGGCGUAACUCCAAGCUCAGAAUUGCUCACUGAGCCCUCUGCCAUGUAAGCUUUGGCCUGAAAUAUUAGUGCAAUCCAGUCCAGAUUGGACCACUGACCCUGACUUUUUGAAGGGCUAUUUUUAAGAGUAAUUGUUUUGUAUACAGUAUUGUGUAAAAUUGCUUUUUAAAAAAAUACCAAUAUAUGCAUGUGUGUGCAUGAGUAGUUUUUGUUUUGAUAUUCCCGUUGAUGUUAAAUUCCUGUAUGAUAUAAGCAGUAAUUGUUUUUAUAUAUCGUUGUGUAAAUUUAAUAUAACACAUUACAUGCUGUAAUAAACAAUUUGUUUUACUGCUGUUAAGUUUGUUAUUUGAGUAUAAAACCAGAUGUUUACACCCAUAAAUUUUGUGCUGAUUAUUAUGUUAUUUGUGAAUUUUAUAUUAGGCCUAUUCUAGCAUUAUAAUACUAUUUGCACUAAUUAGGGUAAGUUUUAAUAGUAGUCUUAGAAUGGAUAGUGAGUAAGUAAAUGAGGAAAGGCAAGCCAAUUUUUAAAAGGGAUACUUAAGAUAUCUUAAAAAUGUUAUGGUAAAUUUGUUAAAUGUCUUUUAAGGAAAAUAUUUAUGAAAAGAACCCCCCCCCAAUAUUUUAUUCCAAAAAAGUUCCAACAAAAAAGUUGAAAGGAUGGUACAAAAAACAUAUAAAUUAGAUUCAACAUCUGCUAACAUUUUACUGUCUUUCGCCCUUAGGUUAAACCAUUUUGCUGCUUUUAUAGGUUAAGCCCAAAACUGCCCCUUUGGGUUUCCAAGAAUGUAACUCUUUUCAGAAGUAGACAUCCUCAUUUUUUUCCUAAGGAGUGGCUGGCGGUUUUGAACUGCUGAUCUUACAGUUAGCGGCACAAUGCAUAUCCCACUUUGCCUCCAGGAUGCCUUUUGUAGGUCAAAGAUAGCCAAAUAUUGACAAUGCCUCCCACCACACACACACUCCUUACUUAAGGCAUCAUUGUGACUUUUGUCCCUAGAACUUUAGCAUGCAUUUCCUAAAAAGCAAAAACAAACAAAAAUAGGUAUUUUCCUAGGUAACAGUAUCAGUAGAAAAAUUAAUAGAAAUCAAUGAGUAUUUAUAUUUUAAAUUUCCAAUUUGUUGUAAGAGUUUUGGAAAUGGCAUCAUCUCCACCAGCUAAUAAAGUUGCAUUGGGUUUGGUUGUUAA